AUGAUCUUGGUCAAUUGGAAGCCGGUGGACUUCGGGUGUCCACCCAGAGCUUCACUAAAGCCGUUGCCGUGGCGGCCGCCCACCUGCUGUCUGGACAGCAUGGGCAAGCACAAAGAGCGGCCAAUGAUGGCCAAGAAGCCCACGCCGAAUACGAUCACGUCGCCCCUCAUGCAGCGCAAGUUCCGCGAGGCCCGUCAACGGUUGCAGCGUAAAAUAAAGAUGGCCGCCGGAGACACGGGCCGUAUCCACGUCAGUGUGCAGUGUGCGCGCGGUCCGUCGGAAACGCAUACGCGGUCGCAGGGUGUGCAGGCGGCCGCGCAGACGGAUCUGUCGCCGGGCUACUUCACCAAACCACCAGUAGUGAUCAUCAAGUGCAAGACGGGCCUGGACGCGUACACGCAGGUGACCUUCGGUGACCUGCUAGACUUCGAUACCGAGGUGGCCCCGCUGGCCAAGGCUCUAGCCGAGGCCGUACUGCAGGAUUCUGCAGGCACCGUGAUGUACGAGGACGACGCGGCCGUUUUCAGGCGCGUACGGGCCGCCUACGAGGCCAAACGCCGGGCGGAGUGCGUCGAACAGGACCGGUUGAACCGCGUCGAGGCCGGUCGGCGGCGCUGCGGUUUGCGCGCGCUGGAAGCGGCCGAGCGCGCUGCGCCCGAACCUACGUUCCGAGCCGUUUAUGCACGGGCCAUGGCCGUCCACCACAUGGCCGGUCUACGGGCCGACGCCCUGGGCCAAUUGCAGGCGGCCGGCUAUCUGACUGCCGACGACCAACUGGCCGCUUGGAUGCAAGACCGGUUCCGCAACCACCGUCUGCGCCGUGGCCACAGAGCCGUCCGUCUGGACAAAAUCAUCAGCGAUGUGAUCUUCAACCGACCGAAGACGUACCGGCGACUCGAAAAACGACACCCCCGAUUCAAAGAUGCUCCACCAGAAGUGAUAUUACCGGAAGUUACGUUUUCGGAUGCCAUACUUUCAAACGAAACCACUUCCGGACGUCUGGACGACGACGACGACGAUGACGAUAUCGACGACAACGUUUAA